GGGGGUCCAGGCUCAGCCUUCCGAGGCCCCACAACAGUCUCCAGAACCACCUAAGAAGGUUGUAGUACAACCUCCAUUGUAUCAGGAGGUGACAGUUCCAACUCAAGGUGAGGGCGAGUAUCAGCCUCCAAUGUCACCCAGCGUCACAGUUCCCCCUUCGGACCUGGGCCUUGCCGUAACUGGAGAACCUACCACGGAGGCUAAGUCUUCUGCAGCCCUGGCCAAGACUACAGCUCCUUCUCCUAGGCACCUGGAGGUGACACUUCCACAUCCAGAGCAGGUUCAGAGCCAGCAUCCAAACCUGACUGAAGUCACAGUUCAACCUGUGGACCUGGAAGUUACCGUAACUCGCGAAACAGAGUCAUCUGAGACACUUCCUGCAACAACUGAGCAGAGUGCUUCCAGAAACAGGGACAUCUGUAAACUGUGUGCGUGCACAGAUGGGACGCUGUCGUGCACAGGUCUCAGCCCAGAGCAGCGGCUCCACAGAGUGCCUGAGCUCAAGUCCCACAGCUACAACGGCACCUUGACCAUCGUAAAUUUACAAGGAAACUCUAUUUCUUACAUUGAUGAAGGUAUAUGGAAGUCAUACCAUUGGGUUGCGAAACUAAUUCUCAGCAAAAAUAAUUUGAGUGAAUUACAUAAGGAUUCAUUUGAAGGCCUCCUAUCCCUCCAGUAUUUAGAUUUGUCCUGCAAUAGACUAGAAUCUAUUGAAAGACGUACAUUUGAACCGCUACCUUUUCUGCAGUACAUAAAUCUUGGGUGCAAUUCAAUCACAGAACUGAGCUUUGGAACGUUUCAGGCCUGGCAUGGAAUGCAGUUUUUACACAAGGUAAUUCUUGAUCGUAAUCCUCUGACAACUGUUGAAGAUUCGUAUCUUUUAAAAUUGCCAGCACUGAGAUAUUUAGACAUGGGGAGGACGCAAGUGUCACUUACAACAGUUGAGAGCGUCCUCAUGAUGUCCCUUCAACUGGAAAAACUGAUCUUACCCAUUCGUACGACCUGCUGCCUCUGCCCAUUUAAAAGCGAUAUUGAGGUCGUCUGUAAGACAGUAAAACUGCAUUGUGACACUGAAUGUCUGACAGACAUCACACAUUGUGAUGGAGAAGUAUCUGUAGGGAAUGCAGAAGGAUCGUUCAUGAAGGUAUUACAAGCCCGGAAGAAGAAAACAAGCACUGUGCUGACUAUUGAGCCUGAGAAGCCAUCCUCAAACAAAAAUCGCAUUAAUUUGUCAGCCUUCGGCGGCGAUCAAUUUGAAAAUCAGCUGAACCAACAGCUACAGUCCCUCAUCCCCAACAAUGAUGUGAGAAAGCUCAUUGCUCAUGUUAUCCGGACUUUGAAAAUGGACUGCUCUGAGGUCAACGUGCAGCUGCCCUGUGCCAGGCUCCUCUCCAGAACAGGCCUCCUGAUGAAGCUUCUCAGUGAACAGCAGGAAGUAAAGGAGUCCAAGGCAGAGUGGGAUACGGAUCCAUGGAAAAAUGAGAACUACAUCAGCGAGAGCACAGAAGCCCAGAGUGAACAGAAAGGGCAGGAGCCACGAGAGCGCACAAAAGAAGUUCCACGAUUUGACUAUCACACCAAACUCAUCUUGGCAAUAUCUGUGACUAUACUAGUGAUGCUUUUGAUUAUAAUUAUCUGUCUCAUUAAGAUUCAGUCUCAUAGAAGAACAUCAGAGGAAGGUAAAGAAGGAAGCUCAAGGGGCUUCUUUCGGUUCCUGCCGUGUAAGAAAUGCCCAUCGGAACAGGAGAGUCAGAAGAGCUCUUUCUCGAGAAGGCAGCCAAUUUGGCUUCAGGAUACGUAUGAGCUUCCCAAUGCCACACACAAGAAAAACAAGGCACAGAAACUACGUAUCCAAGAUUCUUCUAGUGAGGAUGAGACCUCCGAUGAGGAUACAGGGGAGCUCCGCGAAGUCAUAAUAGACAAGAAUCUGGAAUCAUCAUAGAGAAGAAUCAGGUUGGUGAAUAGACUACUGAGGAGCCAGGUGAAGAAAGUGACACAGCUCAUGACAACACCACAGCGUGAAACCUGUCCUGCCUCAGGCCACCUGCACAUUUUGUUUUGUAAUAUUGGCUUCUCAGCAUUGCUGAUCAAAUACUUGUUUUCCUUGUGUUGAAAUACUUAAAUCCGUAACCAACUCUGCCCACAUGAUAAGUAGUUAAGAUGUAAACAGCUAAGUAUUUAUAUACAAAUAACAAGGUCCUUAGCAAGAAAAGCAGGGCUGAAGUUAGAAUCCCUGGGAUAGCCAAUACUUCUGCCAGAGGCAGUGUUGGCAAAGAAGGAUGAAGAGGGGCUUCUCUCCCUCGUCUCCCCAGAAACGUCAGAACUUGAGGACACAUCAUCCCCAAAAGGUGUUGGUUACUAAGGCAAAUAACCACUGAUCCUGGUGUCCUCUUCCCGGUUCGCCAAGGACCAGUUAUGUCCAACAUCCUUGACCUCUUACCCAUCGAGGACCAUCCACUUCCGGCCCCUCCCGUCAGGUCUUUGGGGCUGCC